AUGCCUCGAUCUUCCGCAUCCUCCAAGCGACAGCAGGGUGCCCCCAACCAGCGCGACACCAGGCACGAAGCCGGCUCUGUUGGCCCCGGCAAACGCAUUUCCAAACAAAAGAGUCAGAACUUGGCCGACGGCAGCUCUAGCAACGGUACGCCCAGCAAUAACAACACCAAUAGCAGCAGCGGCGGCGGCAGCAGCUCCACGACCCUGCCAACCUCUGACGCCCCGCCCGUACCGGCUACUCCUGCCCACCUCAAUGGAUAUCCGAAGCAGUCUGCCGACAUGCCGCUUGAGCCUGCUGUGAGAAGAGGCUCCUUGGGAACCUCGUCCGAGAUCUCCUCGGUAGACUCCUUCGCCGCUACCCAAGACGACCACCACCGCCGAAUCGAUGUCAACGCUACCAAGAACUCCAAUGUCCACCGCGACACGGGUCCUUUCGACUUUGCCCUGACCGUUCUUCGAUCUUGUCCCCUGCAGGAUACCAUCGCCAUUCUCAUCAUUCUGAUGCAAAUCCCCACAUUUGCCCUGUCCGGAAUUUACAUGCUCUUCACCUUGUUGACCUUUGUCACAACUAACAGUGGCUUGACACUGAGCGAUGUCUUUGAGUGGAACCUAGGUGCACCCUCGGUCGCCACUGUUGUAUGUGUUGAUGGUAUCGUGCUCCUGAUCUGGCUCUUCCUCUGGGGUCCCAUCCAACAUGUCAUCCUCGAUCUCGCUCAGAUGGUCAUUGCCCUCGGGCUGGGAGGCGGUUCGACGUCUCGCGACGGCGGAUCUCUCAAGAACAGUCUGAUCUGCCUGAGCAUGAUUCUGCUUUCUCAUGGAUUGCGUCACACCAAAAUGAAAUACUCUCCCGUGGGCUAUCUGCUUGGCUCUAGUCGUUUUAUGACGCCCGAUCUUGACGAUCCUCUUGAAUCCCUCGAAUCGAUGCGUGGUUACGACAAAGUGCGCUCCGGCUGGAUGAACUGGUUCAGAAGUAUACUAGCCAUUCACAUUCUCACCCAAGGGGUGGUGAAGUGUAUACGCGACUGGUAUCUGCGGAGAGAGAGGCGUGAUAACCUUGCCCAGUCGGUCGACCCAGAAGCCGGCAAGCCCUACAGUGGCGAUGUCUCCACGGACGCUGGCUUUUCAACCCCCGACAGCGAUGCUGUUUCUAUCCAACCCCAGUCCGCCUUGAAUUCAAAGAAGAAGCGGAAGCAAAGUGCGCAGAUUAGAAAUCGCCAGCCUUUGUGGGCCGCCAUUGCGAGCACCAAAAUCGUCGUCGUCAAGGAGUAUGAGCUAACCCAUAGCGCUGUCGAUUCCGCUGGUUCGAAUGCUACGGAUAUUCAUAAUCUAGGCAAUGCGCCAUUCAAUACCGAGGCCAACCAAAUUUGGAUUUCUUAUGUUGGUUGCGACGAGGUCUGCUUCAACACAAGCCAUUUCCCCAACUUUGUUGCCUCUCCUUGCCCCCAGGAGAGCAGCCAUUCGUCGAGGAUCGAUACGUCAAAGCCUUUCUACGUACGUGUCAACCAUGCCAUCUGGCAGCCUACUCGGAUCACGGCCGUGCAUAACUCGCAGCAAGACGGAAGCCAGGGUACAACCUGGAGCGGGGAUAUAUACGGACUGACGCCUCUUUCCAAUUACGAAUGCGAAUUUCUCAGCACUGUCACUCAUGAGGUCUUGUUCUCCACAAGCGUUAGGACGACCCGAGCCAAGACGGCCGACAUUGACGCUGCUGCCGCCUCCAAGGCAGGCAGCCAGAACUCCCUGCGGCCCGACUCUCCCACGACAACGCUCAAGACGUCCAUUGCAGCCUCCGAGGCCAAGCUGGCCGAGGAGAAAACCCGCCAAAAGGCGCUGCGCAAGGAGUGGCACCGCAAAGCCAAUGCCCUGAAGAAGGAGAAUGAAAAGCUCUCGGCCGCUGUUCAGUCUGCCGGUGCUGGAGAUGACAAGCUACGACAAAAGAUCCAGCAGAACAUGACCCAGCAGAAGCAGGCUGAGCAGGCCCUGGCCUCGCUCGCAGCGGAGCUCAAGGACUUCGACAUUGUGCCCGAGUCUCUCAAGACGGCCUGGAAAGCAAAGCAGAGUACCUUUAGUGCCGAGAAGUGCAAGUUUGACGAGGCCAAUGCCGAGUUCAAGAGCUUUAAAGCGAAGCUGGACGGGGAUGUGAAGAUGCUGAUGGACGAAAAGGCCAGCCUCGAAGCCAAGAGAAACAAGAUUAGCAGCCGAAUCGCCAAGGUUGAUGGGGAGCACGCCCGCAUUGCGGAUGCCAAUGCUCGCGGACUCGACGAGGCCGAGCGACGCCGUCAGGACCGGGCCGCACUCGAGGCGCAGUUUCUUCGUUGGGAACACGACCUUAUGGAGAAGAUUGCCAGCCACGAGGCCGAGAGCAUGAGCAGAGACGAGAUCCUCGUCACCCUAAAGGGGCAGCUCGACGCCUUCCACAACCAGCAGUCGUCCUUCUACAAUGGCUCGUUUGACUAUGCGGACCCCACGGUUAUGAGUCAAUUGCCGCCCACGACGACCGCCGCGCCAAACACUUCGACUGUUGCUGCCAUGUACGAUGCAGCCACGGCGUGGUCCAACAGUGCAUAUAACGCUUCACUGUGGGGUCCGUCACCGUUGGCGCCGGGCUUUGUUCCUCAGUCGACGGCUGCUGCUUUCUCGCCCAUGCAUUCAACGCCCAAACGGGGCCGGUCUUCUUCGAUGCUCAGUGACGUGUCUGGUUUCACGCAGUCCAGCGCCAACGACGAAGAACUGUCAAAUAUGGUGUCUGGACCGGGCCACAUGGGCCCCUCCAGCUCCUUUCGACCUCCUCCUGGGUUCGAGUACCCGCAUUACUUGCCGGCCGACGCGGAUGUGGUCAGUGAUGAGAGCUCGAGUGCGAGCGGUAGUGGUAGCGCAAGUGGCAGCGCCGGUAGUUCAGGUAGUGACAGCGUUAGGGAUCCCAUGAGCCCUCCUCCAAGUUAA